AUGCUUCCCUUCCGAAAAUUCUAUGGUUUUGAGAGCUGGUUAGACUCUGAUGUUCCCACUUCGUUCAUAAAAAACGCUGUCCAAUUAGACUGUGGAAGAUCCAAGACUGAGAGAAAAUCAACAGAAGCAUGCAAAAGUCACAGGGAAGCCGAGAGGAGACGCCGGCAGCGAAUCAACGCUCACCUCUCCACCUUGCGUUCUCUGCUCCCCAACGCUGCCAAGUCAGACAAGGCCUCGUUGCUGGCGGAAGUGGUUCAGCACGUGAAAUGGUUGAAGAAGCAAGCGGAUGACGUGGCAUGCGGAGACUCAGCGUCGUCAAGCAGCGGCCAACCAGGUUCGGUUCGGCCUGAACCGCGGCCGUUUCCUGGGGAGUGUGACGAGGCGACGCUGAGUUAUUGGGACGGUGAUGAUGGGGAAGCGAGAAGGAUGAAAGUGACGCUAUGUUGCGAGGACCGGCCCGGUCUCAACCGGGAUUUGAGUCGGGCAAUCGGGUCGGUUCGGGCCAAGGCAGUUCGGGCUGAGAUGAUGACGGUUGGGGGAAGGAGCAAAAGUGUUGUGGUGAUAGAGUGGCCUGAAGCUGAUGGUGAAGGAAGAGAGGAGGUGGAGGAAGGGGAGGUUCGGGCGUUGGAACGGGCUUUGAAGGCUGUGAUAGAGAAUCGGGCUUUUGUGGGCUUUGGAAUGGGCCCGGUGGUGUUGGGCCAGAAGCGAGGGAGGGAUUGUUAUGGUUCUCCUAGCAGUGAGGUUGACUCUGCCUUCUUGCUCAAGAAUGGGGACUUCUGCUAA